AUGUUUUUGGCUCAUCUUGAGGAAAAGGCGAGCAAAAUCCUCGAACGUUCACAACUUUACAAACGAUACGUUGAUCAUGUUCUAGUCAUCACAAUAAGUCUAGAAGAGACAACAUGGAUUAUGGAUAAACUCGAUCGCCUGCAUCCGAAUAUACGAUUUACGAUGGAAACAGAAAUCGAAGAUACACUGCACUUCCUCGACAUUAAAAUCACUAGGAAUAAUGAUGGAACAAUGGCCAGAUCUGUUUACCGAAAAGAAACUUGGACAGGCCAAUGCUUGCAAUUUGACAGCUUUGUGUCUGUGGAAUAUGAACGUGGUCUGGUCCGAACACUAUUUCAAACAGCACGACAUAUCUGCACAGAAGACAUGAUUGACAACGAACUACGACAGCUGAAAGAAUCUUUGACUAGAAACGCUUAUCCCGAUGCGUUUAUCGAAAAGCACAGCAAGCCUAAAUUGAUCAGACAAACGAAUUGUUCAGCAGAAAAACUACUAGUCACCCUUUGUCUUCCAUUCAUACGUGAUGACAUCAAUUGCUUGCUCAAACGACCACUUGGAUCAGCGCUUGCCCAAAACAAAUAUUAUGCACCUGACCUCAGAAUUAUUCAUCGAACGAUUGAGAUCCCCACACCCUCGGUGAAACAACGUCCACCUCUGUACACCAAAUCGAAUCUGAUUUACCAAUUUCAGUGUAGUUGCGGAGCAACGUACGUGGGUCGAACAGAGCGCCAUUUACGUAACCGAGUGAUUGAAUAUAUUCGAAAUUGGGUACAACGUUUUGUGAUGCAAUCAGGGUCAGAUCAAAGGCAUAAUGACAACGUUCGAAACCAUAAGAUCCCGUCGUCGGCUGUCGGCCGUCGGCCGUCGGCCGUCGAUCGUCAUCUUCUGAUGACGCAACAUCCAGCUGACCGAACCACUGCGUUUCGGGUCAUUUACGUGGCAAAGAAUACCAGGCUUUUGAGACAAAUUGACGGUGUCGCAAUCGGAACUCCAUUGAGCCCCAUUCUGGCACAUAUGUUUUUGGCUCUUCUUGAGGAAAAGGCGAGCAAAAUCCUCGAACGUUCACAACUUUACAAACGAUACGUUGAUCAUGUUCUAGUCAUCACAAUAAGUCUAGAAGAGACAACAUGGAUUAUGGAUAAACUCGAUCGCCUGCAUCCGAAUAUACGAUUUACGAUGGAAACAGAAAUCGAAGAUACACUGCACUUCCUCGACAUUAAAAUGACUAGGAAUAAUGAUGGAACAAUGGCUAGAUCUGUUUACCGAAAGGAAACCUGGACAGGCCAAUGCUUGCAAUUUGACAGCUUUGUGUCUGUGGAAUAUGAACGUGGUCUGGUCCGAACACUAUUUCAAACAGCACGACAUAUAUGCACAGAAGACAUGAUUGACAACAAACUACGACAGCUGAAAGAAUCUUUGACUAGAAACGCUUAUCCCGAUGCGUUUAUCGAAAAGCACAGCAAGCCUAAAUUGAUCAGACAAACGAAUUGUUCAGCAGAAAAACUACUAGUCACCAUUUGUCUUCCAUUCAUACGUGAUGACAUCAAUUGCUUGCUCAAACGACCACUUGGAUCAGCGCUUGCCCAAAACAAAUAUUAUGCACCUGACCUCAGAAUUAUUCAUCGAACGAUUGAGAUCCCCACACCCUCGGUGAAACAACGUCCACCAAUGUACACCAAAUCGAAUCUGAUUUUCCAAUUUCAGUGUAGUUGCGAAGCAACCUACGUGGGUCGAACAGAGCGCCAGUUACGUAACCGAGUGAUUGAAUAUAUUCCAAAUUGGGUACAACGUUUUGUGAUGCAAUCAGGGUCAGAUCAAAGGCAUAAUGACAACGUUCGAAACCAUAAGAUCCCGUCGUCGGCUGUCGGCCGUCGGCCGUCGGCCGUCGCUCGUCAUCUUCUGAUGACGCAACAUCCAGCUGACCGAAGCACUGCGUUUCGGGUCAUUUACGUGGCAAAGAAUACCAGGCUUUUGAGACAAAUUGACGGUGUCGCAAUCGGAACUCCAUUGAGCCCCAUUCUGGCACAUAUGUUUUUGGCUCAUCUUGAGGAAAAGGCGAGCAAAAUCCUCGAACGUUCACAACUUUACAAACGAUACGUUGAUCAUGUUCUAGUCAUCACAAUAAGUCUAGAAGAGACAACAUGGAUUAUGGAUAAACUCGAUCGCCUGCAUCCGAAUAUACGAUUUACGAUGGAAACAGAAAUCGAAGAUACACUGCACUUCCUCGACAUUAAAAUCACUAGGAAUAAUGAUGGAACAAUGGCCAGAUCUGUUUACCGAAAAGAAACUUGGACAGGCCAAUGCUUGCAAUUUGACAGCUUUGUGUCUGUGGAAUAUGAACGUGGUCUGGUCCGAACACUAUUUCAAACAGCACGACAUAUCUGCACAGAAGACAUGAUUGACAACGAACUACGACAGCUGAAAGAAUCUUUGACUAGAAACGCUUAUCCCGAUGCGUUUAUCGAAAAGCACAGCAAGCCUAAAUUGAUAAGACAAACGAAUUGA